AUGUCUAAUUUAAAAAUGCGAAGAGAAACAAUUGUUUUUCCUAAUUCAGGAGAUGAUAAUUUUAAUGUAAGCUCAGAAGAAUCAGAACCUGAAAACGAUGAUAUUCCUAUGGAAUUUGAUUUAACAGCUGCUGGACCACCAUUAUCUGAUGAUACUGAUUUAGAAAAAAGUCAAGAAAAACAAACAAAAGUUUUUAAGUAUGCUAAAAUUAUAUUACCACAUGUUGGUUUGGUUCUUUUACUUAUUGUUUAUUUGUUAAUUGGAGCAAAAGUAUUUCAUUCUUUGGAAGAAUCUAAUGAGAGAUUGACAAAAGAAAAAGAAUUACAAACUAUUUUUGGUUUAAGAGAUUCAUUUCAUGAUAAUAUUUGGAAUUUAACUCAAUCUGGUAAUACAAUUAUAUCAAGAGAAUCAUUUAAUAGUCUAGGACAAGAAUAUUUUGAACAAUUGGUAAAAAAUAUAUUUCAAGCAUAUCGUAAUCAAUUUAUCAAUGAACGUCAUUUAUUAAAUAGAACAAAUGGUGAUGAAACAUUAUGGACAUUUCCAAAUAGUGUAUUUUUUGCAACUACUGUAAUAACUACAAUUGGUUACGGAAAUUUAGUCCCUGCAACAUUUGGUGGGCGUAUAGCAUGUAUUUUAUUUGCACUUUUAGGAAUUCCAUUACUUCUUGUUACAAUUGCUGAUAUUGGAAAAUUUCUUUCAGAUCUUUUUAGUUAUUUAUAUAAAAGUUAUAGAGUUUUAGUUAGAAAACUUAAAAAACAAUCAAGAAGAAUAUCACAUCAUUAUAAGGAAAGAUCAGUAAAUGAUCCACAACAUAGUGGUUGUUCAACACCAAUAAAAGCUGGUAGUAUAAAUUUAAAUGAAAUGGAUACUGAUUCUGAAGAAAGUAAUGAUCAAGAUGCACUUCGUAUUCCAAUUAUAAUGGUAUUAUUAGUAUUAGUUGUAUAUACAGCACUUGGAGGUCUUCUUUUUCAAUCACUUGAAGGAUGGACAUAUUUUGAAGCUUUUUAUUUUUGUUUUAUAACAAUGGCAACAGUUGGUUUUGGUGAUAUUGUACCAACAGAUCAGUUUUAUAUGUUUUUUACAAUGGCAUAUAUAAUUCUUGGAUUAUCAUUAGCAACUAUGUGUAUUGAUCUAGCAGGUACAGAAUAUAUACGCAAAAUACAUUAUAUUGGUACAAAAAUGGGAGAUGCUAAAGGAGCUGUAAUAACAGGAUUACAAGUUGGUGAAAAUCUUCUAAAACAUACAGGUAUAGAUGUAAUACGAACAGCUGGUGGUAAAAUAGUACAAGUUCGUGGAGCAGUUUUAAAUUCUAAACAAGCUAGAGAAUUAGAUUAUAUUUUAGCUGAUUUACAAUAUCAACAAAAAAAUAUUUUAUAUGAACCUUUAAGUCAGGCUGUUCAAAAACUUGUCAAAGAUAAUAAUAUUAAAAUAUUACCAAAUGAUAUUACUGAUACAGAUGGAUAUAUAGUUCAAAAUAAAAGUUAUGAUAAGCCGGUAACAAAACAAUUGAAAAGAAUUAAUGCAUCACCAAACAUAAUUCAUCGUUUGUUAAUACCAAGCAAUAAAAAUGCUUCAGUUUUAUAUGUUCCAUUUAUAUUGAAAGAAUCAGAUAUAUAA